CCUCGCCCACCAACAGACCUGGGUUUCAGCUUUGAUGCCAAUAAACAACAAAGACAGCUGAUAGCAGAGCUGGAAAACAAAAACAGGGAGAUACUCCAAGAAAUUCAGCGUCUCAGGCUGGAACAUGAACAAGCCUCUCAACCCACCCCUGAGAAAGCCCAGCAGAACCCAACUUUAUUGGCUGAGCUCCGGCUUCUACGACAGAGAAAGGAUGAAUUGGAGCAGAGAAUGUCUGCACUUCAAGAAAGCAGAAGAGAACUGAUGGUGCAGCUGGAAGGGCUGAUGAAACUGCUCAAA